AGAAUACACAAGAGGCGGGAGGGAAAGAGGCGGAGGGAGAUAGAAAAGUGUGUGAUUAAUACAAGAAAGAAAAGUCAAAGAACACCUGAACGAGGAGUGGUGGAGCCUGAAAAACAAGAUCCCAUUAAGCAGUUUCAACAUGGCGAUCUGAUCGUCUGUACAGGAAAAAGGGACAUAAUUUGCUGCUGUCACUGAGAGACUGCUCCCUGGGACUUGGCAUUUAAGAAAGCACCAUGGUGAGAAGGGAAGACCUGUCCCUGAGUGGAAGGAAAGUGUCUCCCUGAGUGUUGAGAGGUGUGAGACUCCGCACGUCUGCUCUGUGUGAGGAGUUGUCAUGGCAACGACUCCUCAGUUAAUGAACACAACCGUAUCUCCAACAAAUACAACGGCAAAGUCACAAGAACAAAUUCUUUAUCAGAGUGCUGGUGCAAUAGUUGCUGCCAUUGUUGUUGGUGUAAUUAUUAUCUUCUCACUGGUUCUGGUUACCCUAAAGAUGUAUAACAGACGCACAAGGACAGACAGGGAGCUCAAGGUGAAAAGCACCAAAACUGCAACAACCAAUCAAAGCACACGACAUAGCAACAGCAUCACAAGUCAGCCCACAUCAUUGAUAUCAAUUCCAACUGACAUACAGUUGGAGAAUCGGUGACAAUAGAUGUGUUUUCACCAUCAAUCAAAAUGGUUUUAUGGUUCACAACUGAAGUUAGUUCAGGACUCUGACUUGUGAAUACCAGCGGUUUAAAGCUCACGAUGUGAGAAAAUGUCCGUUUCAAUUACUUAAUGACUGUACAAUCAUUCAUUCAAAAUUGUGUCCGAGGUAUUCGGCAGAUACCUGUGUGCCAUUUUAUGUUGAUGAGGAAGCAGCCUUGGUGUUGGAAUCCAGCAAUAUCUGAAAUUCACUGCCCAGCACAACUUGCACAUUUUUCCUGGAGAAAUUCUCAUUGCACAGAAAUAAAGCUCCGGUCUCUACAUGGAUUGGCUUCUUAUUCCAGUUUGGAAACAGAUAAACAUCAUGAUUAUGUUAGAAAUGAGGAUAUUAUAUACAGCUGACAAAUCUGUAAGCGAGCUGAUGAUUUCAUACACAGUCUGCCCAUUAUACCAAGAGUCAUAUAGCCAAGACUUUUAGCAUUGCUUGAUUGCAAUAGUUAUUUCACUGUACCUUCAUAUCAUUGGUUUCAAGCUGUACAUUUAUAUUGUUCAAGAAAUUUAAGUUUGAUAACCGUACCUGCAUCUGUCUAUAAAGAUGUUUUCACA